AUGGAUAGGAGUUGGAUGCCUAUUAAGAACUACCUAGACCCCAAGUAUUUAGAUAGAGUUGAUGAAUUUAUUAAGUUUGCUUUUCUAGGCAAGGAUCCUAAUUGUAAACUGCCAUGUCCUUGCAAAGUAUGCAAUAAUUUUGAGGAUCAAACUAAGGAAGUCAUGGCCAAUCACUUGUGUCGAGGAAUUGUUGAUAGUUAUACUAGGUGGAUAUAUCAUGGCGAAGGGUUUGAAUCUGAUGAUGAGAAUGAUGACAUAGAAAUAAAUGACAACGAUAGUGACUUUGACAGUAUGGAGGAGCUGUUAAAUGAUGUAGGAGUUGCUAACUUUGGUGAGAGUUGGAGACAUUCACCGGAACUUGAUACGGGUGCUUGUACCGAGAAAGAAGGAGAAGCAAGUAGGUUUCUCAGAUUAUUAUCGGAGGCUGAAAAAUCUCUAUACCCGGGCUGUGAAAAGUAUUCAAAACUCUCGUUUAUUGUCCAUAUCCUCCACUUGAAAACAAUGAAUCGGUGGACUUGUAAAUCUACUGAUAUGUUGCUGAAGUUCUUGCAUCAAGUAUUUCCUACAGCUUUGAUUCCCAGUUCAUAUUACGAGGCAAAAAAUUUCAUCCGUGAGUUGGGGCUGAAGUGUGAAAAGAUCCAUGCCUGUGAAAAUGAUUGUGCACUUUUUUGGAAUGAAAAUAAAGGCCUUGAUCAUUGUCCAAAUGAAAAAUGUAAAGCACCGCAGUAUAAAUCUCCAAAUUCCAAAAUUCCUAGAAAGGUGUUGCGUUAUUUUCCAUUAAAACCAAGGCUGCAAAGACUGUUUGUGAACAAAGAGAUUGCUCGGGAUAUGAGAAAUCACAAGUCCUUCGCUGAAGAUCCUAGAAAUGUGAGGCUAGGGCUUGCUAGUGAUGGCUUUAAUCCCUUUGGAACCAUGAGCAAUUCAUAUAGUAUAUGGCAUGUUAUCCUUGUUCCUUACAAUCUACUUCCUUGGAAAUGCUUAAAAGAUCCAUUUUUUUUCCUAUCAAUGAUUAUUCCUGGUCCCAAAGCACCUGGAAAUGACAUUGACAUAUUCUUUAGACCACUAGUUGAUGAGUUAAAAGAGUUAUUUGUCACUGGUGUGGAGACAUAUGAUGCCUUCAGGGAGGAGAAUUUCAUGUUACGUGCAGCACUUUUGUAG